CAGACAGAGCAGCAGCAAAACAAAACUCUAACUUUCCCUCACUCACUCACAUACGCUCACACUCACACACACAGUAGACAGACAGAAAGGCGGGUGGCCGACCUGAAGCAGAGCAGACACACUCGUGAACCUUCACACGUAACGUUUCUCUCCCGCGUGCUAUCAGGCGGCCAGCAGCAUGUUUCUGUGGAGGUUCCCCCCAGCAGUGUGUGUGUUGACGGUGUGUCUGGCCCUCGACUACAGGGAUGAUAUCGAUGUCAACUACGGAGAUAUCUACUACAAUGAAAUCACAGAGAACGAGAAGGCAGAACCCACACCAAGUUCAGCCCCCUGCAGUUCUCCAGACCCAAGCAAGUGGGACAAAAUGUUCUCCAUGCUGGAGAACAGUCAGAUGAGGGAGAACAUGCUGCUUCAGUAUGCCGAUGAUAUUGUCAAAGUGGAGAUGGGGUCGCUACGCAGUGAAAUGCUGAGGUUUGUAGCCCAGUACGGUGGGUCCUGUGGGGCUGCAGUGGAGACAGCAGGAAGACGGAUAGCUGUGCAGCUGGAGGGUCGUCUAAGAGAAACUCUGGACUGCCUCAAACUCAGGGAUCUGACCUCUGCCGCUGGGAAUUCAGCUGGGAAUUCCAACCACCUGGAGGCCAUGCUGCAGCAGCUCCUCUCCGCGUCACGGACACACGCAUCCCGCCUCGCUAAGCUGGAGAGCAGCUGCCUGAGGAGCGCAGGGGUUGGGAUGGGUAUGAAUGCCAAGACCGGAGCGGUUGAGCAGCAUGAUCAACAGGAGAAAUCCAGAGAGGCUGCUAUGGACGAGUUGCUGGUUGCGUUGCAAGGGGUGAGGGCUGAUCUGAACGAAGUGAUCAAGUCAUCGAGACAAAGACACCUGCCUGCAGGUUGUGAGAUGGCCCUCUUCUUCCCGGCACGUUCCCCCCACAUGCACACCGUCGUUAUGCCGGAAGCGCCUCUCUCCCUGUCAUCCUUCACCAUCUGCAUGUGGGUGAAGUCUACCGCCGUCUUCAACAAAACCGUCCUGUUCUCCUACGGAAACCGCCGCAACCCAUAUGAGAUCCAGCUGCUGCUCUCCCAAACCUCAGCACUGUUCACCGUCGGAGGAGAAGCCCACCUGGUGGAAGCGCAGGGCGCGGUGCAGCCAGGAGAGUGGAUUCACUUGUGCGGGACUUGGUCCUCCGAGCAGGGCCUGGCCACCCUGUGGGCAGACGGUAAAAGGGCGGCCUCCACGCCCGGCGUGGCCGAGGGCCACGUCCUGCCGGACGGAGGCUCGCUCUGGCUAGGACAGGAGAAUAGUUUCUCAUAUAAUGAAGUUCACAAUCUCAAGCUGGCAUUCGCAGGGAAGAUGACGGGGGUGAACGUGUGGGACCGGGUGCUGUUGGAGGAGGAGAUUUCCCAGCUGGCUUUGCGAGAGGGAAAGGGCUGCCAGCAGCACGGGAGCAAAGUGGCCUGGGGCUUGACGGAGAUGGUGCCGGAGGGAGGGGCUCAGUUCAUCUUCUGAUUCAGCAUCUUCAUAGUUCAUCAUCAUCAUCAUCAUCAUCAUCAUCAUCAUCAUCAUCAUCAUCAUCAUCAUCAUCCUAACCAUAACCAUUUUAAAUGUCUACAUUAUCAUAAGAUUUAAAGCCAAACAAUUGUGUUCAUGACUUUUUCCCGUUUUAAGUGUUAUUUCAAAGACUGCUAAUGUUCUGCAUCAUUUUGUGACCGUAACGAACACUAAAGCUGCGAUGAACUCUGCUUGACAAGUUCAAAAGAGAGAAAGCAAAUGCCGUGAGUGACUGAAGUUUAAAUGUUUUGUUGUUUUUUUUUGUUAUAUAUCCUGAACUGAGUCCACGCACUCACUCACACAAAUGUUUACUUGCGUUGUGGCAGGAAACGUGCUGCAAGCUGCAUUUAACCAAGAUUUAAUGAGACUACAAGAAAGAGUGUUUUGUUAAGCAGAGCACAUUCCUGAUGCAGCAAACGCGGUAAUCAAGAUACGGGAAAAGUAAAGAAGAGCUCACAGUGGCAAGACUUUAUCUUACAAUUAUGCAGUGAUGUCGUUUUUACUCUAUUAAACUUUGUACAGAAUUCGCAAGUGCAGUUCAAAAAGAAUCCUCAAUGCAAAACCUUUUUUAUUUUCCUUUUUGUAUUUAAUAAUAGUAAAUACAAUAAUAUAAUAAAAAACUCUCUGCUUUCCCAACCUUUCCAGUGUUAGAGGUACAAUUAUUAGCCACGUCAUAAUUACAACUGCAGGCAGAAGUAGCUCUGUAAUGUCUAAAUAACCCAUUAAUCAACCUUCUCGUGUGACUGAGAACUGCUGUACUUGUCUUCCUUUAACCAUCUAGAAACUCUAGAAAAGAUUCAUUAUUUUUUUAUACAGUGUUGUUGAAUGUGUGAAAGAUUUUAUAUCACCUUAAGUUUCAAAAUGUAUGUUACUUUCAUGUGUUACCCACACACACACACACACAGACACACACACACACACACACACACUGGCUAGUUCUUCAGUAGCUUCAGUAGUAGGGUUAGUUUAAUUGUAGGGUGACGUUUACUUUUUUAUUGUGCAUGAAGUAACGAGAGUAAAACAGUUGUUUCAACUUUAAUAAAAGAAUGUGAAGAUGAUGUUUAUGCAGUGUAAUAUUUUAUGAACCACUUUGUCUUGUAUUAUACUGUAAAUUGCUUUUUUUCUCGUGAAAAACUGAAACUGAAUGUAUUUUGUACAUAAUUUUUAUUUUUGCAUAAGUGGAUAAAUGGAAAGUGAGAAAAUUAAUAA